GUCUAUAUAUAUGUGGUCUCUUUAUACUCUCCGUAGCACUAGCAUUAGCAGGUCCAGUCUUCUCAGCGCUAUACGGAAUCUUUCUUCUCUCUCUCUCUUAAUAUCUCCGAUUAUCUUCGUUAUUGCUGCUCUCCAAACUUUGUUCUAUCAAGUGUAUAUGCACUUAUAUAGUGCCCCACAUGAAGGAUCAAAUGUUUAGUCGGUUAUCUGUUUUGUCUAUGCAUUAUUUGGAAGUUAUAAUGUACUGGACCAAGUUGUACAUGGCUGAGGACCAAAAAUAGUGGUGGUAUCUGUUUGAAAAACAGAAAUGGAUUUUCAGAAUAACCCACAGGGGGAACAUGGAAGAUUUGAGCAAAUACUUGCUCAAUUUCUUUUGAAAAGCUUGCAUAUUAUUUUGGACUCGAGGGUUCCUUCGAUACGACCUUAUGGUGGGAUUGGAGAGGUGAAGAAGAGUGACAGGUGGUUCAAUUUGGUGUUGGGAGAUCGUCCUGCUGUUCUUGAUAAGCUGAAUUUGUUGCACAGAAAUUUGGUGGAACCGAUGAUACUAGAUAUAAUACUUGUUCAAGAUAAACCUAGUACUACUUCAUCGGAGCACAAUUCAGGUACAACAUUUGCAGGGCCAUAUAUAGAUACCGUUAUAGAGAGAUGGGUCGUGCAAUGUGAGAAUCGGAGGUUAAUGGUUCCUCAAAUGGGUGAUUCCUCUUUCAAGAAAAUAUACAAGAAAUCUAUUAUACUCCUCCGUUCCCUUUACUCAAUGAUGAGGCUUCUGCCUGCGUUCAAGGCCUUCAGGAAACUAUCUUCGUCAAGUCAGAGUUGUUAUUUUGAUAUUGAUUUUAAGGUAUCUUCAUUUAGUGAGCCAUUCUCAAGGGCAGAGGAGGAGAUGAUGAAGCAAUAUACUUUUACUCCAGUUGAUGCCCAGCAAGGCCGUCUUUCUUUAUCCGUAACAUAUCGUGAAACUCUGGUGGACUUCAACCUGGAGACUUCUGCAUCCUUUCCACCUGAGAUCAUUACGGAUUAUGUUGGUAGUCCACUCACUGAUCCUAUGAGGUCAUUCCCUUUGACCUCAACGGAUAAGGGUGUUCAUCAUACUUCAUUUCCAUUGAGAAGGACACAGUCAUCUAAUUCAGCACCUGGUCAGCGCCCACAGAGUUGGACAAGUGGUCUCUUCAGGGCACCUUCUUUACCUCAGCCAUAUGUAGGAUCUCCACCUUUAUACCAUGCACCAUAUGAGCUUUCAUCUUCGGUCAGUGGUGUAUAUGGACAGAGGGUUCCACCUAACUACAAAUUUCUCACUCACCAGAAAGCAACUUUUGAUGAUGAUCAGCUUUCCCCUCCAUUUUCUCCAUAUGAGUCUCCUUCUCCACCCACAUAUCUCUCAGGUGUAAAUAUCCCUCAUCCAUUGAUAGGCAGAACUUCCAGACACCUAUCUCCUAAUUUGUCUGAUCCAAACAGGCAUUCUCUCCCACCUAUGUCACCUAGAAGCACAAAGCAUGAUUCUUCAAGGAAAAUGGAUUUGCUAAGGGCUCUAGAGUCAGAUACUGGGACUACUAAUCCUGGACAAAAGGUGUCUGCAGAUGCUAGAGACGAUUCAGGGCGGUUCUCAGCUGUGCUAUCUUCAAGUGGUUCGCCACGUGUUGGAUUUUCUAGAAGUUCUAGCAGCAGAUUAUCUUUUCAGGAUGACUUGGAUGACUGCCCUUUUAUAGUUGAUGAUGUUGAUACUUCUGAUUACCGAGCCAGGAGGAAAGGUUCAAUUUGUCAUGAUACUUUGUGCCCACAUAGCAACAGUGGUAGAGACGUGGGAAUAUGAUAUGAAGAUGAAACUGGUGGGAUUUUUAAGCUAAGAAGAAGAGGAGGAGGUCAUAAAUUUGGUGGAAAAAGAAAUAUUAAAUUUAAUGUAUGCAAAGAGAAAAGCACAAUAUAUUGUUCCAACCAAGUUUGCUGUUUGCCCAAUUUUUCAUUUUUAGUUCUAUGAAAAAGGGGAGAUUUUUGGUUACUAUGACUCCUUGUUUAGCCCUCUCAAGUGUUAGAAAGCUUGUUAGUUGACUGGUGUGCUAUAUACGAGCUGGUGUUGUCAAUAACUCAAUAUGCAUAUAGUACUUUCUUAUACAUUAUAGAACUGUAUUGGUGAUAUCAUUUGCACCUCAGGGCACAUCUGAUAUGUAGAAGCCUAAGAUUUGCUUGGGAAAACACUUUAUUUAGCUAACUUUAUCGGGGGAUCAUACUGUGUUUUAUAAACAAAAAAACAAUAUUGGGGAACCUAUUUGCCCUCUUGGACAGCCUUUUUUUUCUUCCUUUUCUUAGUAAGUGUCCUCAAGGGCAAAUUUGAUUUCUAGGAAAGCUAAUAUUGCAUCAGUUUUUAUUUAUCAUCUGAUAUAAUCCACUUUGUUUCUCUCCUUGGAGAAAACAGGAAAGAAAAAUAACCCACUUUGUUUCUCAAGGCCUUUAUUUUUCUUUUGACUAAUUAUUUGGAUAUUUCUCGUCCCAAGUAUUCUCUGUUUUUCAUUGGUUUGUUUAGCUGGUGCUGGGUUGCAUUUGGACAAAGACGGUUGGACUUAGAGAUUGGUUCUCAACUAGGGUCUAGAAAAGAGCUGUAGACGGUAAAACUCUAAUAAUUAUGGAGGUAGAUUUGUGAGCAGACCACUUCUGUUGGUAUUUGAUGUGUCCCAUAGGUUGGAAUUGCCAAUACAUAUUUAAAGUAGAUUUUUGUCGUUGGUGCUGUUUGGACAAAUUUGUUCAGAUAAUCGAUAACCAAGGGUGUCCUCAAACUAAUUAGUAACAUGCUGAUUUCACCCUUCACCCAAAGGUGUGGCCUAGUGGUUAAUGAUAUUCGUGAAAACCUUGGAGAUCAUGGUUCAAUCCUAGGAGGCAAAAAUGCCUGGUGACUUCUUUCCAUCUGCUUCAUUGGUGCGGAGAGUUACCCGGUACUUAUGCUGGUGGGAAGUAGCAGGUACCCGCGGAACAGUCAAGGUGUGAGUUAAGCUGGUUCGUAUACGAACGUUAUCAAAAAUGCUCCUUUCACCCUAGUGUAAGUCAGGGUGUUGACAGUUUGUGUAGUAUUUAUUCACCAUAAUAUUGGCCUAUUAAAUCACUGAGCCAGAAUAUAAGUUUCUUUUAUUGAAACUAAGGCCAGAAU